GUUGAAAGCAAUACGCGUUGGCGACUGGUCGUUGAAUAAAUAACAAGCUUGUUUUGUCUUAUAAAAGAGAGUUACUUUUGUUAGUUAUUUUUGCAUAAAAUUUAUCAUCGUAGUAAAGAAAUUUAAGCAAGUAAAAAUGUUUCAGUUGCGUUUCUUAAUGUUUUCUGCGUUGUUUAUUGUUAUCUUUGGUGUGGUGAUCGCACAAGUUGCCUAUGUGGAGGAAGCCGACAUUGAUAAGAAGAAAAUGAAUCUGGAGGGCCGUAAGCCGCUUUAUGUUCCCGCUCGCUGCGCCCGCUAUCAACUGCUCUAUCCGGGAGAUCAGCCCAAUGACUGGAUAUGCGACUGCGCGCCAGCUGCGUUGUAUUAUCCGGAAACUGAUGCCUGUUAUCCAGCUUAUAGACAAGGUCCCUGCAAGGCGGGAGAAAUACUCGUGCUCUACAAGGAGAAGGUCAUACCCGAGUGUGUGGCCAAUGCGUGCCAUCAGGAUGGCCAAUUCAUGAUACGCGACAAAUGCUAUGAGUUUGGCAACAACAAUAGCAGCAACAAUCCCUGUCCUCUCAAGGAAUACACCUAUGUGCUGGGCGUCAAUCCCAAGACCCUCAUGGUGGACUGUGUUCAGCUAUCAAUGCAACUGGAGACGCGCGUUUCCAUUCAGGAUCCCACAGAGGUAGUUGCUCCACCAGACUAUCACAUUGAGCUGGCUGAGAAAUGUCUGCGUGGCAGUCGCCUCUCCGCUCAAGGACGCUGCACUCCUGUAGCAUAAACAAAUAUAUAUGUACAUGUGUGUGUCAAUUCAUUUAAAUUCAACACGAUUUUAUGGUUAACAAUAACAACUAAUUAUACAUCUUUGUACAAGUCGUAGGAGCUGAGCUCGAAUU